GUUCGGCUACACUGAAUUUAUUAGUUUUAAUCUUAAUAAAUAUUUUGAUAGUUAAAUAAUUUUUUAUCAUUGAAAGAACACGCGAACAAGCUUUUCAACACCCUUACCGGAUUUUUUAUUUAAAAUGGCUAACGCUUCGCCAACUAGUUUGUAUUCUGGUACUAACAACCAAGAGGAGGAUGCGGAGCCAAAAUUUAAGUACCAACGCCUUGCAAACGAUAUGAAAAACAUACUCAACGCUGACGUCAUUACAUGCGCUGCUGUACAUUUGAAGUUUCUUAUAUUUGGCACUUUCCGAGGACGAGUCUAUUUAGUUGACCAUCAAGGAAAUUUGGUCAACUCGAAUCUGAGAAAUAGCGAACGGAAUCAUCAGAUCGCAGUUAACAAUGUUGAUGUAGAUGCUAGAGGCGAGUGUAUGGCCACAUGCUCCGACGACGGAAAAGUCAACAUAACGGGUUUUUUUAACUGCGAUAACAACAUAAAUUUAAUUUUUGGCAAAUUUAUAAAGGCUGUUGCGUUAGACCCCGAUCCUAGGGCUGGCCAUAGGCGAUUCAUAGUCGGACAUGACAAACUCGUCUUGUACGAGCGUAAUCUCCUUAAAAAUCUUAGAUCAACUGAGUUGUGCUCAGUCGAAGGCAAUGUUCUGUCGAUCAGCUGGCAUGGGAGCUUGGUUGCUUGGGCGAGUCAUAUUGGUGUCCGCGUCUACCACUUAAAAGACAAACGCUCGCUUGGGUUAAUUAAAUGGGAGGUUCCUUCCCAGGGGCGCCUGGAAAACUAUCACUGUCAUCUACGAUGGUCCAACGAGUUUACUCUGUUAAUUGGUUGGGUGGACACUAUACGAAUUUGCGAAAUUAGCAAGAGAAAAUCAGUCGAAACUUCAGCUAAUAAUUAUCCUGGUUACGUUGUGGAUCCAGUCUCAACAUUUCAAACUACUUUUUACAUAUGUGGACUUGCUCCACUAACUGCCAAACAAUUAGUGGUGCUUGGCUAUCGCAAAGAAAGAAGCACUUCUUUCAAAGCUCUGCGCCCCGUGUUGUGCGUUAUUGAAUACAAUGUUAAUAAGAGCGAAGAGGUAUGCACAGAUAGUUUGACUUUGCGGGGAUUCGAGGAGUACACCGUAAAUGACUACAGUCUGGGCAGCAUUAUCGAAGAGAACCGCUUCUAUAUUGUGGCCCCUAAGGACAUUGUGGUAGCUAGUCUAAUUGAAAAUGACGACCGGUUGGAGUGGUUGAUCAAGCACAGAGCUCUCCUUUUUAUUUCCUUUAAUUUAAACAGUAAAUUCGAGGAGGCAAUAGAACUGCUUGCCACUCAUGGCGGUAGCGUUCCCGUUCACUCCAUAACCAGACUUUACAUUAGCCAUUUAUUGGCGCUCAAGCAAUAUGAGGACGCUGCAAAACUGUGCCUGCGAAUGCUGGGGAAAAAUAAAGUCCUUUGGGAAGAAGAAAUUUUUAAAUUUGUAAAAUGUCAGCAGCUACGCACCGUUAGUGCUUAUCUGCCGACAUCCGACGAAUGCCAACUCGAUCCUCACGUGUACGAGAUGGUUUUGUACGAAUUUCUAAAGUUCGAUGUAAGCGGAUUUCUAAAUCUUAUUAAGGAAUGGCCAUCUCACCUGUACGACGGCCUGGCUGUUAUUAACGCCAUACACGAUAACUUUCGUAAGCAACACGCUGAUCAUUUGCUCGAAUCCUUGGCUCUUCUAUAUUCAUAUCAGGGUGAUUUCGAAAGCGCCCUUCGAAUGUAUCUAAAGUUACAGAACAAGGAUGUCUUUCAAUUAAUACGCCGCUAUGAACUUUACGAUGCCAUUCCAAAAUUAAUUAUACCAUUAGUUCAAUUGGAUCGUGAACGUGCCUUUGAAAUACUUCUAGAUAAGAACAAGAUAAAGCCAGCAGUCGUUGUCCAUCAGCUGGAGCACACUCCAGAGUAUCUAUACUGGUAUUUGGACUCUUUGCAAAAAGUGGAUACCAAUAAUGCAUAUCAAAGUAAAUUGGUUUCCUUGUAUGCGAAGUAUGAUCGAAACCAACUUUUGCCAUUUCUUAUGCGUUCAAAGGAAUACGUAAUUCUGGAGGCGUUGACCAUAUGCAAACAAGAAGGGUAUUAUCCAGAGAUUGUCUACUUACUUGGUUGCAUGGGCGGAGUGGAAGCGGCCGAAGCAUUAAAUAUUAUUAUUCAUAGAAUUAAUGACAUAGAAAUGGCUAUCGAGUUUUGCAAGGAACAUGAUGACAACGACUUAUGGCAUCAGCUUAUCAAUGAAACUACCGAACAACCCGAAAUUGUAGCCAAAGUCUUAGACGGCAUUGUGGACUAUGUGAACCCCGCCGUGGUUGUUAGCCAAAUUAAAUUGGGCCGGACAAUUCCGAACCUGCGAAAAUCGCUUAUUAAAAUGCUGUGGCACUACAAUCUCCAAGAGCAAACAUUAUCUUUCGCCCAUAAGAUUCAACUGGAAGACUAUUUUGAUACCCAUUCCGAGGUGGUUACACUGCACAGACGUGGUCAGCAAGUAUUCUGCGAAAAACUAUGCCUUUUAUGUCAACGCCCAGUAAUAAUGAAAAAUACUGCUUAUAAUUGUAUCAUCGGAUUUAAGUGUGGCCACGUGUUCCAUAAGUUGUGCAUACAAGGCAUUCCUGCCGACAAACGCUGCAAAGAGUGUAAACAGUGGGCCAACGAUCUAGAUUUGGAAGAAUAAGUUUAAAGUGACAUCACAGCAGUUUUCUCCUUGCUUGGUUACUAACCAUUUGUCUUUGUAAUGUAUUUAGCGUUCUGUGUUAUGAUCACGUCUUGUGUAGGUACCAUUACAGAAAAUUUCUGAAAAUAAACUAAAAUAGAACAAAAAAGAAAA